UCCGGGACCGACGCGCAUCGACGGCACGACCCCGAGGCCGAGGCUCCCCCUCUCCCCGCCGCGCUCUCCCGGAGCAGCAGCGGCGAGCCGGCCCCGAACGGCGCGGGCGAAGCGGUGGUAGGCGCGCCCCGGGCGGAUCAGAGAGACGAGAAGCUCGCCCUGUACCUGGCCGAGGUGGAGAGGCAGGACAAGUACUUGAGGCAGAGGAACAAGUACCGCUUCCACAUCAUCCCCGACGGCAACUGCCUCUAUCGAGCUGUCAGCAAGACGGUGUACGGGGACCAGAGCCUGCACCGGGAGCUGAGGGAGCAGACUGUGCACUACAUCGCGGACCACCUCGACCACUUCAGCCCCCUGAUUGAGGGCGACGUGGGGGAGUUUAUUAUCGCUGCUGCCCAAGAUGGGGCGUGGGCCGGGUACCCCGAAUUGCUGGCCAUGGGGCAGAUGCUGAAUGUGAACAUACACUUAACUACUGGAGGGAGACUGGAGAGCCCCACCGUGUCUACCAUGAUCCACUAUCUGGGCCCAGAGGAUUCUCUGAGGCCUAGUAUUUGGCUCAGUUGGCUCAGCAAUGGACACUAUGAUGCUGUUUUUGACCACUCCUAUCCUAACCCAGAGUAUGACAGUUGGUGCAAGCAAACCCAGAUGCAGAGAAAGCGCGAUGAAGAACUUGCCAAGUCCAUGGCCAUAUCCCUGUCCAAAAUGUAUAUCGAACAAAAUGCAUGCUCUUGAAAAAUCUGAGGACCUGACCAGCCGGGGAAAAGGCGCACAUCAGUUGUGUUGGGAAAACCACACGAACUCUAAUUAGGGUAAUGGCACUUUUCAACUUCCUAGUAGAUUGGCUGUAGGUGUAAUGCCUUAAUCAGUUUUUUAAUGUUCUCUCAGAGCUGCAGGUUGCUGGGCACCUGAAUGAUGUUUCCUGAUAGGUUUGGGUGAGCCUGCUGCUAUUUAUAAUUUGCUGUAUAAAGUGAGCGCUACUUAAUUUGCAAGCUGAUGUCUCACGGUAUGAAUUUGUUCAUUCCCGGUAGUCUAUUUUCUAUAAAAAUGUAUUUUUGCACAUUUUUAAAAAUGGGUGUACUUUAAUCUAUGACGUGUUCCAAUUGCGAGAAAUGGCUUUAAGCAUAAUCCAGAGAAGUGCUUUCUAUGAAGUUUAUUUCAGUUUGUGAUUUAGUAGUUUACAUUGUUGAAAUAUUUCACAAUUCUUAAUUAUUUCAAAUGGAUAUUUUGACACAUUAUGUUACCAGAUGAUUAGCCCAUUCCACUUUGAUGAAACAAGCGGAUUUGUUGUUUGGGGGGAAAUGUUAUUUUUUUAGAACUAGUCCGCUUUGAAGACAGUUAAGAAAGGGAUCGCUUUUGGGACGAUGUUUUUUUUUUUUUUUUUUUUUUUUUCUUUAAAGGACAGUACAGGCCUUACUUGAAUAGAAGUCUGCUGUUGCUGUGGCAGAAUGAUGAUUCUGUACUCUGAUGUUUAGAUUGUCUGCUGCUCUUGAUUGUUUUCUUCUUAUUCAUCAACUUCUUAGGAAAGACGUUUAACAUGUAUGAAAUUUUGUGAGACGUCAAGUCUCCCUGCAUUAUACAGCUUCUUGGUUUCAACUGAGAUUUCGAAAAAUGAGCCUAAGUAGCUGGGCCUGACAGAAUGGCCAUUAUUUUUAGCAGGAGGCUACUGUCUUAAUAUUCUGUCAUAUUAAAGUUCUUCCAAAAGGCAAAAUAGAAUUUACCUUGUAUUAUGUAAAAAUGUAAACAGCUUGUAUGGUUUGCUGGGUCAAACAGUGUUUCCAGCCAAAAAAAAAAGAAUCUAUAUGUUGCCACUUUUAACUACCUUUAGUGUAUUUAUUAAGUAAUGAAGUUUGUACUUUUUUAUUUUGUAACAUUUUGUGAUUGUUUUUGUACAAUAAUGUAUUUGUACAAUAUAGCAGUUCUCAGCUGAUGGAAUGAAUGAAUAAAAUGUAUACUUUUA